AAGAACUAAUAAACCUCUCGAAUGAAUCAAAAGUCCGUUUCUCUUGUUUAAAACUGGUCAAGGAGCGCGCGAUUUAUCAUACGUCCUUUCAACGUCAGCAGACGUGCAGAAAACAAACCACUGAAUAGCUACUUGUCCUGUGCGGCACUGGAAUUCAAAAAUCCGCUGCCGUCGUAUUGAAGCUCGAUUUGGAAUUCCCUGAGCCUCCAAGUGGGUGUGUCCGUGUCCUCCGAGGGAGCUCCAACCUGCUGCAAAGUAUUGCAUUGAUUGCAUUGCGAGUAGGGAGUGCACAGCGCUGGCUAGCCUACGGGGCCUACGGCUCUUUUAACUGCGUAGCCCCCAGCCCUUCCCUUGGGGGUUGAGACCGCGUUCGGGAUCAGACGCCCUCGGAUGCUUUGGGCCGAGUGUUGUCAUGGAUUAACCCUUCACCCUUCGCAAGUUGCGUACCCCGACGACAUUGACACGUCUGAGUUCUAGCAGAAGAGAUGGCCGAGAAUCCAGUUCUGGAGGCGUGGAAGACCACGGUCCCAUGUCGGUACUUCGCAAGUGGAUCGUGCAGGGAAGGAGAUAAUUGUAAAUACUUGCACGACGAAGCAUUGUUACAAAUAUUAUCAGAAGGAGAUGGGUUGAAUACAACUGCUAAGCGGAAAGAUAAUGUCGCUAGGAGCUCUGUAGAUGACCAUAACAAAUGCACUGGCAGCAGUUCCGGCAACAACGCUGACAACCAGGAUAAUAGUGAGACCAGAGCAUGUACUAGUACGUCUCAACGAGAUAAAGGCCAACUUGAUACCGGUACUUCAAGCAAUAGCGACUCAACUGAAAGUCAAAAUAACACAGAACCUAUUAUAUGUCAAUACUUCCAACAAGGCUGUUGCAUGUUUGGCUCUAAUUGCUAUAAUAAACAUGACCCUACUGAAAUUAACAUUAGUGCCUCCAGCCAGAGUUGUUCAGAAGACCCUCCUGAAAAUAAUUCAAGCAGCACCUCUGUCACAGUACCUUUAGCUUCAGAUGCCUUAUCAUCAGAUUCCUCAAUGAGUCCCUUAGCACCAAACGGUGAAAGUUUGGAAGAUCAGAGAUCUCCUGCUCGACCUGAAUCUGAAUCCAUUGAGACAAAAACAACAUUGAGAGUUAACGCUCCUGAGUUUAUUCCAUCUGGAUUUGUGCGUUCUAUACCUUCUGAGGCUUCAGUUGUGGUUGAUGAAGUUAAUGAUACCAAAGAAGCUUCUUCAGGAAAAACAUGGGCGCAAGUAGUGAAUGCCACUGCAGGUAAUGGGGUUCCAUCUCCUUACACAAGCUUGUGUCCUUAUGCGGAAGCUGGGGAAUGUCCCUACGCUGAGAAUUGCACCUACUUGCAUGGUGAAACUUGCGAGUUUUGUGGUAAUAACUGUUUGCACCCAACCAACGAAGAUCAACGCAAAACUCAUACAGAUGAAUGUAUAAAGCAGCAUGAACGAGAAAUGGAACUAGCAUUUGCAGUUGCUCGAUCAAAAGACAAGCAAUGCGGUGUAUGUUUUGAAGUAGUGGUGGACAAAAAUCCAGCAAGUGAACAGCGGUUUGGUAUUCUGCCUAAUUGCAAUCAUUGUUUUUGCCUUGCCUGUAUUCGUAAAUGGCGCCAAGCAAAACAAUUUGAAAAUAAGAUUAUAAGGGCAUGUCCUGAGUGUCGAGUAACAUCCGACUUUGUGUGCCCAAGCAUGUACUGGGUCGAUACCAAAGAAGAGAAAGAUAAGCUUAUAAACGCUUACAAGAGUGCCCUGAGCAAUAAACAGUGCAAGUAUUUCAAACAAGGCCGCGGUAAGUGUCCAUUUGGAAACAAGUGCUUCUACCUUCAUGCUUACCCAGAUGGGACAAAAGUGGAUACCGGGCCACCGAUCCGGCGCCAGCGUCAGAAUGCAGAUGGAGAAACAGAUGUUUUACAGCUGUUUUUAUGGGAUUUCCUUGAUGAGAGGGACAACCGGUGGCUUUACAGCUUGGAAGAUAUAGAUCUUAUGGCGUAUUUCUCAGGCUCUGAUGACUCAGAUGCUUCAGACAUAGAAAUGUAUUGAUUUAUGCUAUCCUAUGUAAUAAUAUCACAAAAUUUUCAAAUCUGGUCAAUUUUUAUUUCACAUAAGCUUCUGAAUGGUGUUUCCUUCCCAUUGUUUUGCCAUUUUCAGAUGUCUAUUAUUUUUUCUCAUAGUUUAUGUUAAAUUAGCUUAAAGUGCCUUGUGCAAGUUUUUACGUAUAUUUAUUCACUCCCGUGGUUUCACUGACAAGCACAGAGUUUCCUAGCGUGGGUCUCGCUUGCCAGUGCUGUUGAAGCCAAGAUCUGGUUUCAAGGCAGGGGAGAUGACUGUUAAUGUUUUGACUUCCUUCAAGAUUUGUUAUAUUCUAGUUAAACUGCACUAAAUUGUUCUGCAGUUAUAUAUGACCAUGAUGAUCUAAUAGAUGGCUUCUUAGGAUGGGAGGGUUUAACCGUUGAUAACUCAGAGGCUACUAUCCUGCUGAGUCUGGCUUACUGGAUGUAAUGCCAUGUAAUUGAGCUUCUUCAUAGCUUGUUGAUUACUGUGAUGUGGUCCAUAGUUAGAGCAAUAACAUUGUUUUGCCUAUGGGAAUCUGUGAUAGUCAAAUUGGUUCUCAUCCGCUCAUGAGCUGUAAGUAUUCAACAAUGAUUUUAGUUAUUUAUUGUUACUUUUUGUAAAACACUUAAGAGAAUUGUGGAGGGGAUGGGGCAUAUGAGACACCAUUUCAUAUUUUUUUAGCUGUAAUAUUCGCUUUUGCUCGUGAAGUGUUGAAGUGCUUUUUGAGGAUAUUUAUGAAAAAAAUACUGCCGAGGAACCAGUUAAUUCGUGACCAGAAUAAGUAAAGGAGUGACUUGGUUUAUGAUUAUCACAAUAAUAGAUAUAACAAGUGAUUUCUAAGUUCAUAUUGAUUAUGAUUACCUUUUCCUUACAAUAAAGAGAAUAAUUUUAAA